AUAAUGAUAAUGAUAAUAAUUUUAUUAUUUAUACCCGGCCCAUCUGGCUGGGUUGCCCCAGCCACUCUGGGAGGCUUCCAACACAUAUAAAAACAUAGUAAUCAUUCACGGAAGGGAAGCUGUGAUUUCCUGUAGUCUCAAGGUGCCUGUUGAGGCUGCCGGCUUGUCUUCUGUGCGUUUAGCAGCAGCUACAUAUACAGAAAUGUAACAGGGCACUGACGACAAGGCAGUGGAAUGGAGUCCAGGUGCUGUAGUCAGCCUGCUCGGUGGGCCAAGCCAGCCAUGUAUACAUUCCUUCUAGGAGGUACCUUUGUUACCUUGGGAUCAAGUCGUAUCCUUCUAAUGAAAUACUCUGCCAAUGAAGAUAACCAGUAUGAUUAUCUUCCUGCAACUGUGAAUGUGUGCUCGGAAUUAGUUAAGCUGGUGCUCUGUCUGGUAAUGGCACUCUGGGUCACCAGGAAAGGAGGAUAUUCUCAUAGUGGAUUUGGCUGCAGCUCAUGGAGGCAAUUGAAUAGCUAUGUUAAGUGGUCAAUUCCCGCCUUCCUCUAUUUUCUGGAUAACCUGAUUGUCUUCUAUGUCUUGUCCUAUCUCCAGCCAGCCAUGGCUGUGCUUUUCUCAAAUUUUGUCAUUAUAACAACUGCUCUCCUGUUCAGAAUUGUGCUGAAGCGGCAACUCUCCUGGGUGCAGUGGGCAUCCCUGCUGAUUUUGUUCCUGUCUAUUGUCGCCCUGACGGCUGGGACAGGAAGCCACAAGCAUAGCUUGGCCAUGCAUGGGUUCCAUCACGACAUCUAUUUCAGCCACUCUAACAGCUGCCUGCAGUAUGCCAGCCUGGAGGAAGAGUGCUCAGGAAGAGAGAACUGCACAAGAACGUGGCUUUUCCCCAGCUUAAGCUGGAACAUCACUGCUGCCACUGGAGCCCUGAGAACCAUUCCGCUUGGGCUAGGACACCUGCUCAUACUGGUGCAGUGCUUCAUCUCUGCCCUAGCCAACAUCUACAAUGAAAAGAUAUUGAAAGAAGGAGGCCAGUUCAGUGAAAACAUCUUUGUACAGAACACCAAGCUGUACCUCUUCGGAGCCAUGUUCAACGCCCUGAUUCUGAGCUUGCGCCCCGAAAACAGGCGCCGGAUAGAACACUGUGGGUUCUUCUAUGGGCACAAUGCGUUCUCUGUCGCCCUUAUUUUCGUCACUGCCUUCCUGGGGCUCUCUGUGGCUUUCAUCUUGAAGUUCCGAGACAACAUGUUUCACGUUCUGUCUGCACAGGUCACCACCGUGAUCAUCACCACGGUGUCUGUCUUUGUUUUUGACUUCAAGCCUUCCCUGGAGUUCUUCCUGCAAGCUCCUGUGGUGCUCUUGUCCAUAUUCAUCUACCAUUCCAGCAGCCCUCGGUGCGUGGAAUACACCACUCAGUGGGAGAGGAGCAAAGUUGGUGGAGGGCCCUGGGAGCGCUCCAAUGGGGAUGGAGAAGAACUCGAGAGACUUACGAAGCAAGACAGUGACCAUGAUUCCGAAGAAGAGGCCUUAUAGGCUGGCUUUGGAUUUUUGAAGUACAGACAUUCUUAUUUAAGAAAAUGAAGUUUUACCCUGGGAGGUGGGGGGAGGUUCGGACCAUGACCAACAGGUGGAAGUUUCUUCUUUCUUUUCCGCUAAGGUGGGAUUUUAAAUUGUGUUUUCACAAAGCUGUGUAAGGUAAUAUAUUAACUACUGUGAAGGGGUUUUGAAGAGGGAAGGGACCUAUUUAUAGAGGAUGAGGAUAAUGCUAUCCAUGGCUCUUAAUGAGGACUCCAGGAUCAAAUACAGGUGCCUCUGAAUACCUGUUGUUGGGGAUUAGCAGCCUUCAUGUCCUGCUCAUGGGCUUCUCAUAGUCAUCAGGUUGGCCAUGGUGAGAAGUGGGAUGCUGCGCUUUUGGUCUGAUCCAGCACAUCUGCUGUUAUGUACUUGACUUCUGUAGUUCACAAGAGUGAAGAAUUCCUGCAGAAAGAGAGCGGUCGGCAACGGUUGCUAGUUCAGAAUGAUUUGGAUGAAGAGACGUAGAACUGGAAGCAUCACUUGGAACUUUCUCACUUGGUUCUUUCACAUGAAUGUAAGAAAGCAUUAAUGCUACUGAAGUUAACCAAGGUACCUUGGUUAAGAGCAAAUGUAAAUGAAGAAUCAAUAGAUGGAGGCUGUUCAUCUUACAGUAUUCUGGAGAUAAGAGCUGUCAAACUAUUCACAAUUGUAUGCCACAAACAUCUAAGGAUUUAUUCAUAUUUCAGGGGUACUUGAAACAGUGUCAAAUGUGUCUUUACCACCAUGUGUGUAUGCUGUUGCCACUCAUGGUUCCUGACACACAUUUCUGUGAUUUGCACAGUUGAAGAAGUGCAUUUGUCAGACGCACAACCAUGCUUUUAGAUGUAGAUUUAAACUGUUUUACAGGAGCAGCUUUAAAGUACUGGGCCGUCCACAGUGGUAGUCCUACCCAGAGUAGACCCACUGAAAUUACUGGACAUAAACUAGUCAUAGUCAUUAAUUCCAGUAGUUCUACUCUUGGAUAGGAGUAGCAUUGGAUACCACUAGUACCGUGUGAAGUGGAGCUCAGUGGUGGAUGCAAUUGCAAUAUAGGAAUCCAAAGCUUACAUACUGAAGAACAUUAUAUACCCUCCUGGUGUUUAUGGUGCUAUGUUUUACACGUGAGUAUUAGGUAGCCUUAUACUUGAGCCUGAAAGUUGUUGUUGGGAUAUCUAAUGCUGCUUCUAAAGCAAAGGUGGGAAUGUUGUUGGGACUCACAACUCCCAUCUGUUCUACCCAAAAUUGCCAGCGGUAAAGUAAUGGUAGAGUUGCAGUCCACCAACAUUUGGAGGGCCAUAGGUUCCCCCCCCCAUGAAGUGGGCUCACGAUGAUUUUCUCCCCUCCUUGUCACAAAUCAAAAUUGUCAUCCUGCUGAUGGAUCCUUAGAACCCAAUGAGCUUGUUCACAUUUUCAAAUCUGAUAAGCACUGAAUUAGGAGCAUAGGAUAUGCACAAGUUCCUUUCAUCUGUGUGCAGCCCUUUUACACGAGCUGUGAAACAAACCAGGAAGCUGCACUUAAUCAUCGUUUCCCAUGACGAUUCCAUCUCCCUGAGUAUCGUUAACGGCUUCCAAAUCAGCCAGGAUUCAAAAGCCAACUUUAAACUAUGGUUUCAUAUCCUCUCUUCUUUAGAAGUCACUAACCAUAUUUUCCUAGUUUGAAUGUAUCCGGAAGAUGAUAUAUGAACUGAAACUUCCUGGUUUGUUGCACAGCUCGUGUAAAAGGGCAGCGCACAGAGGAAAGGAACUUGGGCCUAUACUGGCCUAUUCUUGCCACUUGAAGUGGCAAGCUGCAGUGCCUCUCCAUAUUUGAUUUUGGCGUAAGUGCCCACUCUGCCUUUUGUCCCUUAGUUCUAUCUCUUGUCCUCUUUAAUGCCUGUCUCUGUGUAAAAUACAACUUUUCUGUGUACUACAACUGUGUAAAAGUGCAGCACAGGGACAAAAACCUGAGGGAUAAAAUAAAAAGUAACAAAGAACAAUGUUAUGGACGUAGGCUUAGAACUUUUAACGAUGCCUUUUGUUAAGUAUGAUUCAAGGAAAUGCAUGUUUUGUAAUUUAACUAGGGUUCAUUCAGGGAUGAGACUAUGUAUAAAGGAAAUAGUAUUGACAGAAAUGGGGCAAGGAGGUCAAGCAUUUCUGAUUUCUUUUCUCUUGUUUUUUUUUUGGGGGGGGGCUACAAUAUAAUUUGAAAAUCUUGGUAAUACUUGAACUGUCACAGCUUCAGUUUUACACUUCCAGCCCAAGUCCCUAUUUGCCAAAAAACAAAGAAACCCAGCAACAAAGCAGUGGGAUGGGAAGAAAUACAGGCCCCUAUCUUGCAGAAGUAGAUAAAUACUCCAGGAAGUGGUGAUCUGAUCAUAUAAGCUGCUGCUUCUUAUUGCACAGAUAACAACUCAUUUUUGUGUCUGUUGAUGGAAAAGUGCAGCUUCUUUGGGUUUCUCAGUCUGUUUUAUGACACUCCUAGAACUCAAAAGUAUAUUGGAACAAGUCUAAGUGGAGCAUUCCUUUGAACCUGGCUUAUUUGUUUGAUUAGAGUUUGAAAUAAGGAGUUAAUUGCUCCUAAGAGCAGCUUUGAAGCAGGUGUGGUUUAUGUGGACAGUGGUUUUGAUUGUGCUUUAGUUCCUCAUUUGCAUUUGUGAUAGCCUUGCUGGUAAGACAUCUGUUCCGUUGUUUCCUAGUGUAACAGAACAGGAGCUUUCUGGUGUACACUCUUUUGUUGUUGCUAUUCAAGUGCAUUCAUUAAGGAACUCUGCCUGAUUCCCUUAUAGUGCCUGGUGUUAACCAAAAUGUGGGACCUCUUUGUGGUGUUUUCAUUGUUUUACAGUCCACACGGCCAAAUAAACUACAACGUAAAUGGA